CGAGUCAUUGUUUUUCCCGAGAAUCGAACACUACAAAUACCGCACAAAAAACCACAAACCCUCUCCUCCUCCUCCUCCUCCCACCUUUCCGAACGAAUCGUAGCUCUUGGAGAUGGGUUUCAAUGCUGUUUUUGGUUGCUUAAAGGAAGUUUUUCCACAGGUUGAUUUUCGCAUUCUGAAGGCUAUUGCUAUUGAACAUCCCUUCGAUGCCGAUGCAGCUGUGCUUGAUGUUAUUAAUGAGUUCCCUAACUUGGCUACACAGUCAUUUUUGUCGGCUGUCAGUCCCACUCAGGUUCAGAGUCCCAAGGCUCUCCCAGUUGCAGCUCAACACAAGGAUAAGGGUAAAUUAUUGAUGCACCAGCAGGUAAUUAAGGAAGCAGAGUUUGAACCUCUUCCAGAACCAGAAAAGGCAGCUGUUGAUGAUGACAGCAAAAAUGAUCAUACAAGUGGCAUCUCUCAUGACAAUCCCACACUGCUAGAGCAAGUGAACUCAUUGCCAAAUGGUCCUGUUCCAUCAGAUGCUGAUAUAAGUACUGGAAGUGAAGAAGUGAUUUCUGAUGGAAAGGGUAUGAAUUUUGAUGUCCAAGUUGGGCUGCAGCAGUCUGCAUCUGGCAUUACGACUCUUUCGAUGCCUGGAAAGGAUGUGAUGAAUGGCACCUUGGUUGAUGCAUUUCCUGAAUGGAAAAGUUUUUAUCUCCCUGUGAAUUGUGAUUCUGAUUUGGUUCUCCAUGACACACCUGAUAAAGUGGAACCAUUUGCAGUUGAUUCUUCUUUCGUAGAACAUUCACUAGAUGCUCCUCAGUGUGACAUUCCUUGUUCAGACCCUCUUCUUGCUGAUGACAACUUACAGGCAACUGAUCCUUCAGAUCAUACUUCUGAGAAAGAAUGUUCUCCAAGGGAAAUGGUUGAUAUUGAGGAGACCACCACAGACAGCGUAUGCAAUACUGAUGUUCUUGAAGAGAUCAUUGAAGAUGCUAAAAAUAACAAGAAAACCCUGUUUUCAGCCAUGCAGUCAGUCAUCAGCAUGAUGAGAGAAGUGGAAGUGCAGGAGAAAGAAGUGGAUAUUGUUCAAGAGGAAGCUUCUAGGGGAGGUUUGGAUAUAAUGGUCAAGGUGGAGGAAUUUAAACAGAUGUUGGCACAUGCAAAAGACGGAAAUGACAUGCAUGCUGGAGAAGUCUACGGGGAGAAAGCAAUUUUAGCAACUGAAGUGAGGGAGCUUCAGUCUCGAUUGCUCAACUUAUCGGAUGAGAGAGAUAAAUCACUUGCGAUUCUUAAUGAGAUGCGAGAAACCCUUGAGGAACGGCUGGAUGCGGCAGCAGAGGCAAGGAGACUGGCCGAGCAGGACAAGCUGGAAAAGGAAGAGUGUGCCUGGAAAGCUCUUUCUGAACAAGAAGCGGAGAUGGAGAAAGUUGUUCAGGAAUCGAAAAUAUUGCAACAAGAGGCGGGGGAAAAUUCGAAGUUGCGGGAGUUUCUGAUGGACCGUGGUCGCAUUGUUGAUAUGCUACAAGGAGAAAUUUCCGUCAUUUGUCAGGACGUCAGGCUUCUGAAAGAGAAAUUUGAUGAGCGGGUUCCACUAAGCCAGUCAGUAUCUUCGAGCCAGACAACCUGCAUCCUAGCUUCUUCAGGCUCAUCCAUGAAAAGCAUGGCACUCGAUUUAGUUUCAGAACGACUCAAGUUACUGAAGUCGCCGGAGAAGGUAAGCCCCGCUUCUUCAGUUGACGGCCUAUCACCAAAAAGCAUACUCGAACAGGAAAGAAGCAAGGUCGAUCGAAAGGAGCUUAUGGACGACGGAUGGGAUGUCUUCGACAAAGAAUUUGGUGUCUAAGCCUUGUACUACAUUUCAUAAGCUGUGAAUAUGAACAGUAUCAACUUCGAAGACGGAUGCAAUUUUUGUUUCAAAUUAAGUAGGAUUUAUAUAUUUUGAUACAGAAUUUUGUACAGUGGAGAUUCAAAACAAUAAUAAUUUAGACUUGCCGAAUUUUGAAU